UUUUGAUUAAGUGCACUUAUUUUUUUCUUUGCUCUCUCAUAAUACCGGAUUGGCUAAGAAGUAGAAACGCAAAUAUAAAUUAAACUUCCAAAAUGACCAAAUAAUUGCGCUGCGAUCAAGACAAGAUGUGUUUACCUUUCUUUGUGGUCGGAACAGUAUUCAGAAUCUUUUCUCUGCUACAAAAAUGUGGCAGUUAUACAAUUUGGAAGAACAGUAUUCCAAACAUCCAGAAAUUAAACGUGAUGAGGUUUUGAAGUUGUUGCAAUGGUUGGAUACCCAACCUCACAUGCCAACGCUAACCGAACAGGAGGCAUUGUUGUUCUUCCAUGCCUGCGAUCAUAGCAUGGAGUAUACAAAGCGUGUCAUUGAUAUCUAUUUGACAUGUCGCACACAUUUUGAGGAUUUCUUUGGGAAUAUGGAUGUGGAAUCGGCCGCCUGGAAACGUCUGUUCAAAACGAUUACUGCAUUCCCCCUGGACCAAAUCACACCGGAGGGAUAUGGUGUUAUACUGGGAAAACUCGAUGACACCGAAACGGCUAACUUCUGUUUUACCGAUGCCAUGAAAUUAUAUUUUUUGGUCCAAGACAUUUGGUUGCAAAAAGUCGGCCUCUUAAAGGGCCUGAUAUUUGUCGUGGACUUUGAUGGGGUUACCUUUGGUCAUAUUGCCCGCAUUGGCAUUAUGCAAAUGAAGAAGUUCCUCUACUAUUUACAGGAAGCCAUACCCGUUCGUUUGGUUGGUUUGCAUUUCAUAAAUAUUGGACCGGUUAUCGACAAUUUGAUGGUCUUAAUGAAGCCAUUCAUGAAGAAGGAAUUGAAUGAUAUGUUCCACAUUCACACUGGGGUGGAGUCGUUUUAUGAAUUUGUACCGCGUCAAAUGUUGCCACAGGAAUUGGGUGGACCGCAGGCCCAUUCCAGGGAGCUAAAAGAAAACUGUUAUAACGAAUUGCGAGAACAUCGCUAUGAGAUUAUCGAAUACAACUGUCAUCGUCGUAUCAAUGAAUCACUGAGACCUGCCAAAUCGUCGGCAUCGACAAACGAUUCCAACAUGUUCGGUAUCGAGGGUAAUUUUAAGAAAUUAGAUAUUGAUUAAUAAACUAUAAAAACAUUAUUUA